AUGUCUCUUAUCCAGAGAACAAUCCGCGCCCUCCGUGGUCGCUUUUCGCGUAUCGAUCUAUCGGAGAAAUUGGAUGAUCAACGCAUGGAGAUGUAUACCAUACUCUGGGAUAUGUACAAAAAGCUACGUGGUCUCAACACAGAGUCACUCGAAUUGGAAAACCUAGAGAUGCUGGCAGUACAUAUUCUACCACUGGACCGCACAUGUGCUACCGAGCCCGGGACACUGUGUCCGUUAGAUCCAGGUGCCUACUUCAUUCCCCUCUCCGAAGAGUUUAUCAGACACCAUCCCUUGGAUACCAGGGACCCCGAGACUCAGGAGGAUCUAGAUAUCACCGCAAAACUUCUUAGACCGGGAUAUAGCAAGAGUAAUAGUUGCUACCGGCCCUUAAGUUCCUACAGUAAGGCUGGAAUUCUAUGCGAUCGACUAGCUAUGGAAAUGUCCACCCGAAGAGUCAACUGCGAAGAAGAAUUGUCAACUAUAAGUAUGGCGACCAAGUGGAGAUGGAAUACAGAUUUCCAUCUCGACCCAGCUUUUUAUUCUUACGCUUGGGAUCAUCGCGAUGAUUAUAACUGGAGAAUCGACCUUUUUUAUGUCUGCUCAAGUCAUCCUACCUUCCCACAUAUCAAGGUCCUCAUGCAACACAGCGAUGUCAAGGGCCCCGACUUGGUUCUCAGGGCAGAGAUUAUGGCGAUAGUUGCCACCAUGCACUCCCGCCUGUGCACAGAGACUCUCCUUGAUCAUCUCAUUGUUCCGGUAAUGUUAUUCACGUUCGCUGGAUACUGCGUGCGCAUUCUGAUCGGCAUCCAUGACGGCCAGAAUCUGAGGAUCUCAAUGUCUGAAUUCAUGGAAUACUCGGAAGGAUCUCAGGAUCUCUGGGAUUUGCUUACUCGUUACCUGGGAUGUGGUAUCAACCAUCGGCUGACCACCGAGAAGCUGCCGGCGGAAUAG